AUGUCUUUUAAUAUCUUCAACGAGGCUACAACCUCAUUUAUCGUCCCACUUUGUCUCCUUUCGAUCAACCUGGCUGAUUACCUGUACUCUGGUAACGAUACGUUGACUGGUGUCAAUUGCGCUUUGAGCAUCUAUCUACUCGCUUCCUACUUCAACAAAGAUGGCCCUUCACAACCUAUCAUCGAUGGCGAUGUCAAAUCUCCUCAGACCUUAGAUACAGGAAAGCAAACAAAGCAAGCACAAAAGAAGUUCUUCGCGAAGAUAAUGUUUGCAGUCUUGUUGUUCAUAGGCUCAUCAUUUGUGCUUAGGGAACUUUAUUACAUUGUAGGUGAUAUCUACUAUGGUGAUGGAUGCUCUGGAAACAUCUAUGACCGGCCAUGUGCCCCAUUUUCUGGAAAGAGCGGACCAGGCGGUUCAAUCACAUAUCGUUACGAGGGAUGGGGUUAUUGCGACGCUGAGGCAGAGCGAGGUGCCAUCACUAAUGCAGUAAUUCAACACAUCGGCGAGCAUGGAUCCAAACUUACCAAGACUGAGUGCCUGAACCUCGGCGGACGCGAUUUAUCAUACAGCUAUCUUGUCAUCGGACCGACCGACAACUUUGACUUUGAAAUGGACUGUGGACCCAAACCAGAUUGGACCACUAUCAAUAAGCUACACUAG